AGCGUAGGGAAAAAAAGCUCGUAGGGAGUCCGUUCGCGUGGUCGUGAUGAUGAUGAUAACCAUGUCAUAUAACACCUGAGACUGGAGUGAAAGAAAUUGGAAACGGUUUGGUAGAAGGAACAGACACAGAAAGGGACGUCUCAAACUCAGUUAACUGGUUUAUUUCUCGACCAUCCUAUAUCAUGAUAGCUUCACCGCCCACUAGCGCCACCCCGGCCUCGCCGCCUCGCGCCUCGCUGUGUUCGUUCAAGUUUCAACGGUUCUCAGUUUGAAAUUUGGAUUGUUAGUGGUUGCCCCGUCGCUUUUGUGUAUGCUAGCUGUACGCCUUAUAAUUUCGUACAACCGCCGUCCUUAUUUUUCUUGUGCUCGCAUAACCGCGUCGCGUGGCUUAAUUCAGGUGCAGUGCGCUGCCGUGAACGCGAUAACCUAAAUUUUAAGAAGUUAGGUCUAUUCGUAUUCGUCUUUCCUUGCUAUGGCCGAACCCGCGGAACCUGGAGGAAGCGGUGGUGUUUCUUCCAAGACCGACCCAGAUAAGUACAAGUGCAGGAUUUGUGACAAGUGUUUCAAGAAAAUCUACAACUUAAAGAGGCACUUAAAGGAGGUCCACGGGGAAUCUGACGCGAGCUGGGUCACACUUCCCUUUGACAGUUACAGCUUUGCAUGUGAUCUGUGUCCAACAGCUUCUUUUGCGUUCCAUGGGGGCUUGCUGCACCACUUUGAAGCGAAACACGGGUUCGUCGCGAGGCAUGAGAAGUUAGAGUUCAAUUCGUUAAAAGAAUUCAGUGACUGGAGGGAGGCUGAAGAAGGCAGAGAGCAUGCUCACUUCGUUCUCCGCAACGGACCCAAAAAACGACCAGGUAAUGUCCUGAAGAGGUAUUACUACUGCCACCGCUCUGGAUCGUUUCAGAGCACGAGCCAAGGUAAAAGACAACUGAAAACCCAGGGCAGUUGUAAGACUAAUGUGGAAUGCUUGGCCACAAUUCGAGUAACAGAGAAAGAUGGCAAGGUGACAGUAGAGUACCAGGCAGAACAUUACGGCCACCCGAAGGAACUGAAGCACCAGCGCCUCUCAAUGACUGAGAAGGAGGCUUUAGCUGAUAAACUAAAGCAAGGCAUUCCCGCCCGUAAAGUUCUGGUAGAUGCACGUUCUUCCGCUGGCAGUGAGAUGGGCAGGCUUCAUUUGCUCUCAAUGAAAGACAUUGGCAACAUCUCCGUCAAGCAUGAAAUUCUGACGAAAGAGCGACGGCACAAGAAUCAGUUUAAAAGUGUGUCAAUGUGGGGGGAGGAACUGAACGAACAGUCAGAUUCCCCAGUGCUAUACUUUGAUAUGGAGGAAGGAAAUGAAAAAGAGACCUUUGAGCUUGCCCUGAUGACUGUCCCUCAGAAAGAACUCCUCACAAAGCUGGGCCCCAAGUUCUUGUGCAUUGACUCCACUCAUAAUACAAAUGGCCACAAUCUGCAACUGACGACUCUCAUGACAGUCGCAGAAGAUCAAUCAGGCAUGCCAUGUGCAUAUUUGAUCUAAAAAAAACUAGACACCGAGACUAUGAAACGCUUCUUUAAAGCCAUAAAGGAAAAAAUUGGCAACCUCGAAUGCGAAGCAUUCAUGUCUGAUGAUGCUGCCGCUUAUGGUAAUGCAUGGGAGGAAGUGAUGGGCCCUGCCCAACACCGGAUGCUUUGCUCCUGGCACGUAAACCGCAACUGGACUCAGAAGUUGCAGUUAGUCCAAGAUAAGCAAACCCGUGACCGUCUUCGCGACGAGUUGUGGGCGCUGAGAAAUUGCAAAGAUGAGGCUAAAUUCCAAGAAGGUCUGACAGGCUAUCUCUGUCAGAAACUAAGUGAAGAGGCUGAUCCGAAACUAAUUCAACAAGUACAGGAGUUUCUUCAGUACUUUGAGCGCUACUAUGGUGGCAGAGCACAGUGGGCACUCUGCUUCAGAAAGGGCAUUCCUUUUAAUACUAACAAGCACUUGGAGGCAAUGCACAAGGACCUGAAGUCACACUACAUGCAUGGAACCCACAACCAGAGGCUCGACAAGCUGUUGAUGAUCCUCUUCGAACUGACCCGUGACCGCCUCUACAAGCGUCUCAAGUCGCUCGUAAAAGGAAAAACAAAUCGGCAUGAUGCAGCCCUUUUUCGGAGGCACCAGGAGGGGAUCAAAAUUCCUGCAUCAGAUGUAGAACAGCUGCAAAAUGGCAAUGGCUGGCUUGUAAAGUCCCAGUCCCAGGCAGAGAGAAGCUACCAUGUUGAAAAGGGCGAUCCCUGCUAGAGUUGCGUGCUUCGCUGCAAGGACUGUGACAUCUGUAUCGACAGUUACAAGUGCACUUGCAAUGACAGCCUGAUUUCAGCGUCAAUGUGCAAGCACAUUCACGCAGUAGCUUACCUGGGGCUUCAUGCGACGACCGUGGAGGAGGUUGACACCGAGCCAGAUGUAGAAAUGCCAUCAACUACACGUGAAGCAACAGGCUUUACGUUGGAUGAUGAGCCACAGACUCUCUUGGAUGAUAUUCGGCAGAGUAUUGAGGUAGGGAUGCAGAAGACUCAACCAAAUUCAGGGGACGAGAUACGUUUAGCACUGAGUGGACUGAAUGAGUCCUUCUCCAGAAAGGAAUUGCCAAGCUCUUCAAGCUCCUUGGUGUUGAAAUACUUUACCAAGGCCCAAAAAUUACUUGACUCUGCUCCAGAUAAGACUUCUCCUCCAGAUGAGACUUCUUUAAAACCUAGGGUAAUCCCGCACAACAAAAAGAUGGAGAAACAAGCACGGUACUUUCCCACCAAAAAGAAACGCCCUGGUUCUGGUCCCAUGCACGGCAAACCUCCCACCAGAUUGGAGCAGCAGCACAUCAUGGAGGGCCUUGUAGCCAGACAAGUUCCUACAGGGAGAGCAGCAUCCGCUCAGCUCCCUGUGGAUGUUCCGAGCAUGUCUGUGCUGGCCCUCAAGGACCAUGACUACUUUGCUUAUCAGUAGUCGUGACAAUUGGACUACAAAAAAGGGGCAGUGUUCCUCUUGCUAAAAGGGAUGGUGUGUUUGACAGCUUGGAUUUCUGUCCCCCUUGGAAAAUGUCAAGAGAUGCUCGAGCUAAAGGCAAGAGGGGCAUCUCUUACCAUCUUCCAACAGGUUAGGUUCGGUGAGGUAUUAUACGCUGACCUUAACUGUAACACUCUUUUAACAACCAGGGAUUGGCAAUUUUAUUUCGGUUUAUGCGGAACGGUUGUCUUUAAAUUAAGGGGUAACCAUAGCGCCUCGAAAUGUUCGUUCGUAAGCGUCCCCCUCGCUGAAACCAGCACUUUUCUUAAUUUUAAAUAUUGCUGCACAAGAACUUGCAGCUUUUUCUGCUUUGGAGAAUGUCAAGAGGUGCUCGAGCUAAAGGCAAGAGGGGCAUCCCUUGCCAUUCUCCAACAGUCGGCUUCUGUCAUAGGCUGACGUUAAUCGUAACAGUGUUUUAUUUUCAAAUUCUGGAAAGGUUUUCUAUUUAAUUUAACCUGCUAUCAUAGUGCCUCGACACACCCAUUAAUUCAGUGUCCCCCUUGCUGCAACCGGUGAUCUUUUAUUUUAAAUAUUGCUGCACAAGAAUGUGCAGCUCUUUCCGCCUUGGAGAAUGUCAAGAGGUGCUCGAGCUAAAGGCAAGAGGGGCAUCCCUUGCCAUUCUUCAACAGGUGGCUUAUGCUAUCAGCUGACCUUAAUUGGAAAAGUGUUUUAACAGCAAGAGCUUGCAAUUUAAUUUCAAAUUUAUGCUCACAACCAUAAUACCUUGAAUUGCCUGUUACAUGGUUAUUUUUUAUUUUGCAUAUUAUUGCACGGGAAUGUAAAAGUUGCAGUUCCCGCGAUGUGCCAACUUCUUUUUAGUAUGCGACCCAUAUGCUUUAGGAUAUAAUGGUUUUCUUGCUAAUAAGUGCCUGUAAUCACUGUUUAAUUUUUUUGUGAGCCAAGAGGGAGUGACCACUGGCAACCACAAGCAUAAGGAUCUGCCACAGGAAGCAUAAUCAUAUACCUGGACCUCGAGACUGGUGACCUUGAAAGAUGUCAGCAAGGAUACACGGUGAUUUCUUCACCGCGGGGCUGUGCAAUUUACUGGCAUGGAUCUAGUGUCUCACCUCGGAGAUCUCCAUGGUGUGUAAAAAGUGCCAAGGCUGGUGGGGCAAGAAGUUUAUUAGAAGGCUUUGUCAUGCCACGGUGAUGAACAUUCAUGACAGGCCCUUCUGCCGAACCAGCUACGCAAUAGAGGCAAGCCUGCUAUGCCACUGGGACAUGGAUGCAGUGCACUAGUCUGCGUGUGGCACUGUGGACUCCUGGGGACCAAGCCAGGAGAUGGACGUGCAAUAUUUAUAUUCCGCGUAUAUUUAGUCAACCAAUUUUACUGUUGACAUUGACUGUUGACAAGUGGGACAUUCUGUUCGUGUGGCAAAAGAUAUGCCAGGUAUGUGGUGGGGUCCCACAAAAAAUAGCUAUGUUCUGUCUGGAGCAAUGUUCAUAGAGACAUGGCAAGUUGUGUCAGUGAUGGUCGCAGUUUGGGGCAUGUUUUGGGUGGCUGCGUGAUGGGGUGCUGUGACCGUUGCUGGACAACUGUUUCAUUGAGUCACUGUGACAGUGUUUUCACUAGCUUGGGAGGCAGCAUGGUAAUGCAUAAACACAGUGACAGAUUUUACUUCGAACUAAAAAUGGUGUAAAAGAAUAAAACAACUUGCUGCCUCAUCGAGGCAUGUCUUCAAAUGUGAA